GGAUGAAGAUGCCCAUCUUUUGAUAACGAUACUCUUAUCAUCAAUCAUCUUCUUCUACUGUUGCUGCUGCUCCUCCUCCUCUUCCUCCUCCUCUGUUCUUCUUGCUUUUGUGCAGUCACUUUACUUUUGGGCAAAUAUUCCCCCCUUCUUCUUUUUUGUCACACUUUAUCAUAAUCUGCAAAUUCGACCGCUUUUGAUAUCAAUGGGGAUUGUGGGAGUCGUACGAUGUUGCGUAUAAAAUAGUGUUUGACUAAUAAAAUAACGAAAUCUUAGGGGGUCGCACAGUAACUAAAGGAAAAAAAUAAUGGUGUGGCAAUGAUGAGAGAGAGGGACACUGAUGGGCGCAGGAUAAGCACGUGGGCUUCGCCUUUCCCUUAGCACGCUGCCGUUUUCUUUUCUCCUCUCGGGGACAAAGGUAGAAUAUUUGCAGUGAAUGAUUGUCGUCAGUUUCUGCUUGUUGGGAGUGCCACGAAUCCAGCAUUUCGGAGUUGGGAAUUCAUUGAAUCCAAGCAACAAGAACGAGUGGACUUGACUCUGGUUUGGUCUCCACAAGCUCUCUCUCUCUCUCUCUCUCUCUCCUUUGGUUGGAGGGAGUCUCAAAUUGAGAGUCUUGGGCAGCAUCAGGAGUAGCAAAGUCUCCAAGUCUUCACAUCUUGUUGCGUACCUAAUCGGAUGAUCAAGUGAAAGCUAGAGGGAGGAUUUACAGUAACAAGUGAAGUCAUGAAGUUUAUGAAGCUCGGAUCUCGGCCGGACACUUUUUAUACUACUGAAGCAGUGAGGUCAGUGUCUUCUGAAGUGUCCAGUGACCUCAUAGUACAAGUGAAAGGAACUAGAUAUUUGCUCCACAAGUUUCCCCUCCUCUCGAAGUGCUUGCGAUUGCAGAGACUCUGCUCGGAGUUGCCUGAAUCAUCGCAGCACCAUAUUGUCCAACUUCCUGAUUUCCCGGGUGGUGUUGAGGCAUUCGAGCUGUGCGCCAAGUUCUGCUACGGGAUCACCAUCACUCUAAGUGCCUACAACAUCAUCGCUGCUCGAUGUGCCGCUGAGUACCUCCAGAUGUCCGAGGACGUCGAGAAGGGCAAUCUGAUAUACAAGAUUGAGGUCUUCUUCAAUUCAUGUAUUCUUCACGGUUGGAGGGAUUCAAUUGUGACUCUGCAGAGUACCAAGGCCUUCCCUCUGUGGUCUGAAGACCUCGGAAUCACCAGCAGAUGCAUCGAGGCAAUCGCGAGCAAAGUCCUGACAAACCCGUCGAAGGUUAGUCUAUCUCAUAGUCACUCCCGUCGCGGCCGGGACGAUAUGUCUUGUAAUGGAGCUGAGAGCCAGAGGCAUAGAUUGGCAGUUAAGGGUUGGUGGGCCGAAGAUCUAGCCGACUUGGGGAUCGACCUUUAUUGGAGAACUAUGAUAGCCAUAAAAUCCGGAGGAAAAAUACCCUCCAAUUUGGUUGGCGAUGCCCUGAAGAUUUAUGCGUCUCGGUGGCUGCCAAACGUAUCAAGAGCUGGGAAUGCAAAGAAGCAAGCCGUGUCCGACUCAGAUUCGGACUCUAACAAUGAAGAGCUUGCUUCGAAGGACCGGCUUCUUCUGGAGUCGAUAAUUAGCUUGCUUCCUGCAGAGAAAGGCGCAGUUUCAUCCAGUUUCCUGCUGAAGCUCUUGAAGGCGGCGAACAUCCUAAACGCGUCUUCUUCUUCAAGAAUGGAACUGGCCAAGAGAGUGGGGCUUCAACUGGAGGAAGCGAUGCCGAACGAUCUCUUAAUUCCUCAUCUGUCGCAGGCGAACGAGACAUUGUACGAUGUGGACAUAGUGAUGACAAUUUUGGAGCAGUUUAUGAUACAGGGUCAGAGUCCCCCAACUAGCCCCCUGAGAUCGAAGCUCGAGUGUGAGAGGAGGAGGUCUCGGUCAGCCGAAAACAUCAAUAUUGAGUUUCAGGAAAGCAGGAGGUCGUCUUCAGCAUCGCACAGCUCAAAGCUGAAGGUAGCAAAGAUCGUUGACACUUACUUGCAAGAGAUCAGCCGCGAUGUUAAUUUGCCACUGGCGAAGUUCGUAGCUCUCGCUGAAGCGGUCCCGGAAUUCGCAAGGGUAGAUCACGACGACCUUUACCGAGCCAUUGACUUCUAUCUCAAGGCACACCCGAAUCUGAACAAGAGUGAAAGGAAGCGUCUGUGCCGAAUCCUGGACUGCAAGAAACUAUCCAUGGAAGCCUGCAUGCACGCAGCGCAGAACGAGCUCUUGCCUCUGAGGGUGGUGGUGCAGGUCCUCUUCUUUGAGCAGGCACGAGCCACAAUGGCAAGUGGCAAGGUCACUGCGCUCCCGGGCAACAUCAAGGCGCUCCUGGCAGCGCACGGCCUUGACUCGUCCAGAACUCCAGCACCAUUAAGCACCACAACGAGCAUCCUCCCUGAGGACCAGUGGAGCGUCUCAGGCCUGAAGUCUCCCAGCAAAUCAAAGCUCUCGACGUUGAAGAUGAAAUUGGCCGAGGACGACGACUUGGACGAUAACGACGAUGCACAACAUGACAGAAUGUCGAGGAGUUCUAUUGUCAAGGCUUUCUGCGCAAUCCCGGCGCGGCCCAAGAAGAUGUUCAGCAAGUUUUGGUCCAACAGUAGAACUACUGCCAAUGAUAAGAACUGAGUGAAGAAUGAAAAUUUUUUGGGUCUUGCUCCAUUUUGGGGAUGAUCAUGGAGUUCUUUCUUGUGUUUCUUUCCGGACCCUCAUUGCCCUUCAUUCACACACACCUCUUUGUUUGGACUUGCAAGCCCCCUCUGAAACUGGCACCGAAUUCAAAUUUAUUUCAGCCGGUUGCUGUCUCUUUCGGUAUCGACUUUUCUUGUCACCACAAAGUUAUGACGUCUCUCGGUCCUGCUGACAACUAAACGGGUAUUACUGGGAAGCAGUUCGGUCUAUAUCCAGCGAUGGUGUUAGAGCAUCGAGAGAACAUUUCCUUAGUACGAGAGAAUCGAGAAGGACGCAUUUUUGGUGUACCAUUUAUUGUGCCCACGAUAAAUGCUGGGUAGCCAAGUGCGCAGCGGAUGCUUUUCAUGGAGAAAUUUGGCAAAGGAAAGUCAAAGAUGUUUGAAUUUAGGAGGUUAAUGUGGCUAAAGCUUUUGUCCCAUGCUGCCAAUCAUUUUUUCAAGUUAGAUUGGUGACACGUAAUUGAACUCCUACAUUUUAUAGUGUACCAAUCACCAAAAGUCAAGAGCAACCAGCAA